AUGGGAUUCGAAACAAACAUAACAGAAAAUGAAUUUGAAGAAGAAAUUCCUGAAGAUGAACAAUCUCCGAUAGAACAAGUCAGGUUGACAGUAUCAAAUCAUGAUGAUCCAACUCUACCAGUAUGGACAUUCCGAAUGUGGUUCCUCGGAAUCCUGUCGUGUGGUAUUCUGGCAUUUCUGAAUACUUUCUUCAGUUAUAGAACACAACCAUUGAGCAUAAGUAUGAUAACUGUCCAGAUAGCGGCGUUGCCAUUGGGGAAGAUCAUGGCUAAAGUGUUGCCUACGAGGAAAUUCAAAAUUGGAUCAUGGGAGUUUUCGUUAAAUCCAGGACCAUUUAACAUGAAAGAACAUGUCUUGAUUUCCAUAUUUGCAAAUUGUGGUUCUGGGACAGCUUAUGCUGUUUCAAUUGUUACUAUUAUUAAGGCAUUCUAUUUGAGGAACAUAUCAUUUGUGGCUGGUUGGAUUCUUGUUGUUACCACUCAGGUUUUGGGAUAUGGAUGGGCAGGGAUAAUGAGGAAGUAUGUUGUAGAUCCUGCAGAAAUGUGGUGGCCUGGUAAUAUGGUUCUAAUCUCUCUUUUCAGGGCACUCCAUGAAAAAGAUGCAAAUGGCAAAAGCUCAAGAGGAAAAUUCUUCUUAUUUGUACUAGCUUGUAGCUUCAUUUGGUACAUUGUCCCUGGAUUUCUCUUCCCAACAUUAUCAAAUAUCUCAUUGCUUUGCUUAUUUUACCCAAAAUCAGUGAUAGCCCAUCAAAUUGGGUCAGGAAUGCAAGGGCUUGGCAUAUUGUCAUUCACAUUGGAUUGGUCAGUUGUAGCAUCAUAUCUUGGAAGCCCAUUAGUGUGUCCAUUAUUUGCAAUCAUCAAUGUUAUAGUGGGCUAUGUUGCUGUGGUUUAUUUGUUAAUUCCAAUUUCUUAUUGGGGAUUUGAUAUGUACAAUGCAAAGACAUUUCCAUUAUUGUCUUCACAUUUGUAUAAUGCUCAAGGACAAAGGUAUAAUAUUAACACAAUUGUUAAUGACAAGUUUGAGUUGGAUCAAGUGGCUUAUGGGAAACAAGGAAGGAUAAAUAUAAGCACUUUUUUUGCUCUUUCUUAUGGAUUGAAUUUUGCUGCUGUCAUUGCUACUCUCACUCAAGUUGCUCUCUUCAAUGGAAAGGAAAUAGUUGCAAGAUUCAGAGUUUCACAUAAAUCAAAGUCUGAAGAUAUUCACACAAAACUCAUGAAGAAAUAUCCAGACAUUCCUGGCUGGUGGUUUCAUGGAAUGCUUGUAAUUUCAUUGGCUUUAUCACUUGUACUUUGCAUUGUGUGGGUUGAUCAAGUUCAACUUCCAUGGUGGGGUCUUAUUUUAGCUGCUUCCAUUGCCUUGAUCUUUACUCUCCCUAUAAGCAUCAUCACAGCCACAACAAAUAUGACGCCAGGACUAAAUGUGAUCACAGAAUAUAUCAUUGGUCUAAUAAUUCCAGGAAAACCAAUAGCCAAUGUUUGUUUUAAAACAUUUGGGUAUAUAAGUAUGUCACAGGCCGUUUCAUUUCUAUCGGAUUUUAAGCUAGGACAUUAUAUGAAGAUUCCUCCAAGAUCAAUGUUCAUUGUUCAGCUACUUGGAACACUGAUUGCUGGUACAAUAAACAUGAGUGUAGCAUGGUGGCUACUUACAAACAUUGAUAAUAUAUGUCAAGAUACACUACUCCCAAAAAAUAGUCCAUGGACAUGUCCAGGAAAUCGCGUCUUUUUCGAUGCAUCAGUGAUCUGGGGUUUAGUAGGACCUAAAAGAAUGUUUGGUGAACUUGGAAAUUACAGUCCACAAAAUUGGUUCUUUCUUGGUGGUUUAAUUGCACCAAUUAUAGUAUGGUUUUUACACAGAGCAUUCCCAAAACAAAGUUGGAUUAAAUUGAUUAACAUUCCAGUACUUCUAGGUGCAACUGCAAAUAUGCCUCCAGCAACACCUUUGAACUUCAAUAGUUGGAUUUUCUUUGGUAUUAUGUUCAAUUUCUUCAUUUACAAAUACCAAAAGAAGUGGUGGCAAAAGUAUAAUUAUGUGCUCUCAGCUGCAUUGGAUGCUGGCUUGGCAUUUAUGGGAGUCUUUAUAUAUUUCUUCCUUGGUAAUGUUAAAAUUAAUUGGUGGGGUACUGGGGGAGAAUAUUGUGAUUUGGCCUCUUGUCCUACUGCUAAAGGCAUAUCGGUUGAAGGAUGUCCGUUGCGUUGAUUUUACUACAAUGAUUAUGCUCAUUUUGGAC